AUGGCCCCGAAGCGCGAGUUCCAGCCGUCCGCCAAUGACCACGAGACCGGCAGCAGCCGGCCGGUCGCGCCGGCGCCGUUCGCCAUGGGCCCGCCGGCGACGCCCGGACGCGAGCGGAUCUACGUCACCCCAGUGUUAGCUUCUGCAUUCAUCUGGGGCUCCCGCCGGUCGUGCCGCCGCCGCGUCGCCAGCGCCUCCCAGAACGCGCCGUCAAAUCCGCCCCACCUCCGCGCACAGAAGGUGCUCGACGACUUGCCAGCCAUGGACAGCGACGAUGAGAUGGUUGCCCUGCUGCUGGAGGACGAGCAAGCGUUCGACGACGACCUGCGGGAGCAUUUGCUGAUCAUCGCGUCCCUCCAGGACAUGCUUGACGCUGAGGCGGAGAAGAGGAAGAGGCCGCGCCGCGGAGGAUCAAGGCCGGGAAGAAGGAAGUCGAAGCCCCGGCAGAGGAUGGAGGGGCAUGCCAUGCUGCAGAACGACUACUUCGCCGACGGGGCAACACAUGCCGACAAUUUUCGGCGCCGGUACAGGAUGAGCAAGGGCCUGUUCAUGAAUAUCCUCCACGGCGUUCGAGAGUUCGACCCCUACUUCAAGCUCAAGGUCGACGCUGUAGGCGUUCUCGGGUUCUCAUCCAUUCAGAAGUGCACCGCCGCCAUGAGGAUGCUUGCAUACGGAGCACCUGCCGAUACACAGGACGACUACCUUCGCAUGAGUGAGUCUACUGCCAUUGAGUGCAUGUACAAGUUUUAUCCAAAUUCGUACGCCCGUGUGUUGAUGUGUGCUGAACAUGAAAGAGAUGCCUGUCAAACAAUCCAAGCCGCCUGUGAAGAAAAAAGAACACGUGUACAAGUCUAA